AUGUUGGACCACGACAUCGACAAUGCGGGACAGUGGAGCACCGCGUUCAUCAACGACAUGCCUGAUAUCUGCACCUACGCCGACCCCAAACAUAGGACCGACCCCGGCAGCAGCGCCGCAAUGAUGCCCGUUGUGGCGCCUGAGCAGGAAGCGCAAGGCCCAUACGAGGUGCUCACGACGCGGCUCCACGGCAAGUCGCCGAUGACGCCAGACGGCGACACCCAGUGCAAGAGCGACUGGUGCAAGGACGCCUCCAUCGUCGGUGUUCCUGCCGACCCCUACGAACGGGGCGCGCGGGCGGCCGACGAAGGGGUGCAGGACAAGCGCCCGACCGACAAGCGCCCGGCCCGCGGGAAGAAGGGCCUCAGGCUGGAGCUCGCCCUCGACCGCUUCGCGCUGGACAAGGCGGCCAACGCGCCCAGCCUGCGCAGCCUGUCCUCGGCCAUGAAGCUGGACAUCGACUUCGUCGUGGAUGAACGCGUCACUCUGCAAGAUCUGGAUAACGAUCCUCCGGAGCUGCACCUGGUGGCGUCCAACGUCAACAUGAGCGAGUGGGAGACCCUAAAUUGGUUGACGUGGGUGUCGGAGAAGGUUUGGCCGAAUUUCAAGAACGGUUUCGAGAAGAUGAUCCGCAGCAGCAUCGAGGGCGCCAGGCAAGGCCUCCCGGGGCCCCUGAAGGGCCUCCGGCUGGUCCAGUGCUCGUUUGGCGACGCCUACCCGCGGUUCGGCCCGAUCUGCGCGAGCUCGGCGAAGGACGAGGAGGUGCAGCUGGACAUCGGCCUGUCCUACUCCACCGAGACCAGCAUCGUGCUCGAGGUGGGGUACCUGGCCUUCGGCAUCAACCACCUGAAAAUAGGAGGUAUGCUGAGCAUGAAGUUCACCCCCCUCCUAGAGGAGGUGCCUGUCUUCAGCGCGAUGCAGCUGUUCUUCCUCAACUCUCCCGAGAUCGACAUCCGUUUCACCAACGUCUUAGAGGUCGCGAACACGUCCUUCCUUAUGGACAAGAUUCGCAGCGUUAUCCACCAGGCCCUCACCGGCAUGCUGGUGGUGCCGAACGUCCUGAACAUCAACUGGGCGGACCCCAGCAACGACCGGACUCCGUGA